AUGCGCCGCGCAAGAUCAGGGCUACCGAUCGCCGGUGUGUAUGUUGAUGAUACGAUCAUCACUAGGCCAAGCCAUGGCGACAUCGACAAGCUAAAGCGUGAAAUGACGUCGAUGUUCCACAUGAGUGACCUUGGCCUGCUCACCUACUACCUCGGUAUUGAGGUGAGUCAGGGGGAGGGUGGCAUCACGCUCUGCCAGAGCGCUUAUGCUAGCAAGCUCUUGGAGAGAAGUGGCAUAGAGGGGUGCAACCCGUGUCUUGCACCGAUGGAGGAGCAGUUAAAGCUUUCCAAGGCAAGCACGACACCGCCAGUUGACGCGACGCACUACUGGAGCAUUUUCGGUGGUCUAAGAUAUCUAGUGCACACACGAUCGGACAUCGCGUUCUUCGUGGGGUACAUCAGCCGGUACAUGGUGGAUCCACAGAAAUAUCACUACGCAGCGGUCAAGCAUAUCCUCUGCUACGUGGUUGGUACUUGUGGCUACGACGUCGUUUAUAAGAAGGAAGGAGGAGCCGCACUGGUGCUGACGGACAACGACAGUGAUAUGGCCGGUGACCUUAAUGGUUGUAAAAGCAUGACCGGUGUUCUCUUUCUCCUCGGCCACAAUCCCAUCUCCUAG